UGGGACCUGGCGCACAGACACCGUCAGUGAUUCAAGGUGCGUCAACGUGAGCGAGGCCGAGUCGUGUCUUCUGCGGUCGCUGUCAUUCCUGCACCGCUGGACUUAUUCACCCACACCGAGGACCCGCACGCUGUGGUGAAGCCCUUUCCCGGUUCACAAGAGGGGAAACGCCGCAGCCCUGUCGCUCUCACAUCGACCUUUACCAGCGGAAACCCGUUAGCUCGGGCAGCUAACGCAAGCUAGCUCAGUUAGCAGUUACAUAGCGUCGUUUCUUCCCAUGCAGCUGACCUCCACCACAGCACAGCUGAGUAUCAUUCGCUUGCUAGGUUGGGGGUCGGCACUCCCCCCCCCACUGUUUUCCCACGGCCGCCCCCGUCGUCCCCUGUGUGGUGUCCCGUGGACUGUUCUCGAAUAUGAUCCACAAUGAGUCAACGAGACACUUUAGUUCAUCUGUUUGCUGGAGGAUGUGGGGGCACGGUAGGAGCCAUAUUAACUUGUCCACUAGAAGUAGUGAAGACACGUCUGCAGUCAUCCUCCAUCACCCUCUACGUGUCUGAGGUUCAGCUCAGUACAGUCAAUGGGGCCAGUGUGGCCCGCAUGACCCCUCCAGGGCCCCUGCACUGUCUCAAAUUGAUACUGGAGAAAGAAGGACCUCGCUCACUCUUCAGGGGCUUGGGGCCAAACUUGGUGGGCGUUGCACCUUCCAGAGCAAUCUACUUUGCUGCUUACUCUACUGCCAAAGAGAAAUUGAACGGUGUGUUGGAACCUGACUCCACACAGGUACACAUGGUGUCGGCUGGAACGGCAGGUUUUACAGCUAUCACAGCAACCAAUCCAAUAUGGUUGAUAAAGACCCGCCUACAACUGGAUGCGAGGAAUCGGGGUGAGCGCAAGAUGAGUGCGUUUGAGUGUGUACGGCGAGUGUAUCAGACAGACGGCCUGCGAGGCUUCUACAGGGGCAUGUCCGCAUCCUAUGCUGGCAUCUCAGAGACUGUGAUCCACUUUGUGAUUUAUGAAAACAUCAAACGUCGCCUCUUGGAGGCCAAGGCGCCGCAAAACAUGGACGAGGAGGAGGAGACAUCUAAAGAUGCCUCAGACUUUGUGGGAAUGAUGCUUGCUGCUGCCACCUCCAAGACCUGUGCCACAACUAUCGCUUAUCCUCAUGAAGUGAUCCGGACCAGGCUACGUGAGGAGGGCACCAAGUAUCGCUCUUUCUUCCAGACUCUAACGACAGUGCCCAAAGAGGAGGGCUACCGUGCUCUGUACCGCGGCCUCUUCACUCACCUGGUACGACAGAUCCCCAACACUGCCAUCAUGAUGUGCACCUACGAGUUGGUGGUCUACUUCCUGAAUGGUUAAACCAUCCCCCCACACCUACACCUUAUCAGACAGUAUAUGUAACCCUGCCCCUGUUCGGAGAUGGAGAAAAGAAAAUGAGAGAAACUGCACACCAGUUAGCACAACCACUUCACCAGAAGAGGAUGGGGACGGCGUCAUGACGACCAUCAUCUCAGUGAUGCAGCGAGUGGUUCUUAAAAAAUAAGUCGGGAGCAUUGUUGUAUAACCAAAUGGUCUGGCACAAGGAGGAGGAUUGAAAAAAUACUUGCAUCAGUUUGGGAAAAUCUUGGUUUAACUGUGGCAAGUAAACAGUUUCCCUAUUAUUAUUUUUAUUCCAUCCUUUUCCCCCUUUGCUUACAUUUAUGUUGCUUGUGCAAGCUCAGACUCAGAGUACUGAAGAAAGCACCAGUUACAUUGUAUUCUGCAUCGAAUGAUGAAAGAGAAAUACAGUAAUUGUAAUCCUUAGGAAAUAGGAAAUAGAAAAUGCAAGUUCUCCACCGGUGAUCAGAUGGUAAAAUAAUUUCCUGCAUUCCUAGAGGCCCAGAAUACAGAGAUGCCCAGACUCAGGAGUGAGUUGAAAAGGUUUCAGUAGUUAGUGAGGAAAAAGGAGAAAUCAGUGCUGUGGCUUGUUGAGGAGAAAGGGGUGGCGGAGGGGAGGGAGGUUAAUGGGAGAUGUGCCUUGUGUGAUUAAAGGACUUGUACCAUGAUGAACAGUGGCUGUAAGAGGAGGCGGAGCUCUGGUUGACCUGUUACAAUGGAUGUAGAAAUGUAGUUGUACACUGGUAUUGUGUGAUUUCAGGUGUCCUUUUACAUAUCGGGUUAAAACUGGUGGUGAUAUCCUCAUGAUGCAGGACUUUACACGUGUCUGCUGCUCGUUACACUACAUACAUGAUGGAUAUCUUAUUACAAGUCUUCAUAAUGACAUUGACCUAUGAACCUGUACAUGUAAACGUGUGGAAGAAGAGUGACUACACUAGAGUACACUAAGGUUUGAUAGAGGAUAGAAAAUCACCAAGCUAAACCAGAAAUUAAUCCACCAUUCUAACUACUGGAAUAUAAACAAAAUACUGAUCCAUAUUGUGAAUUUAAGAAAAGAAUAUAAUUAACACAUUUUAACUAAUUGUAAUGUUGAUGGAUCCAAACAAGAGUGUUUGUUCUUAUUGCACUUUUCAAUGUCUUUCUCAUUUUUUUUUUUGUUUCUUGUCCAGUUUAGUUUUCCAGACGAGGACAAAUCCAAGAGUUUGUUCUGGAAAAUUUGUAGAGUUUAAACCAGCAUGUGAAGGAGGUGGCCAGUAAUGUUCUUAUAAAUGCACAUUAAUUAAAUGCAGACCAGUAAAAAAACUAACGAAACAAACUAAGUGUUUUCUUGAUUCCUUCUUGUUAAGUUGUCAUGUAAGGAAACAAUCACUGCAUUUCAACUGGUUUAAAAACACGGAACAGCUUUUAUUUUGUUUAAUGUAUUUGUGGCUGUCCUUCUCAUGCAAUAGAAAGAUGCUUGCGUGCUGCAUUUUUUUUUUUUCAUGUUUCAAACUUACUCAUCUGACAGAAGUAGCGAUUUGCUGUGACCUCACAGAAGUAACUUUCCUCCAGUAGUCACAUGACACGAGUGCCCAGCCUGUUGACGACUUUGUCUAACAACUAACCACAAACUUAGAAAUGGGCCUGGCUUCGCCCCUGCAGUGCUGUGGUUAUCUUUCUGUGUAUAUGAACUUGGAUUAAAAACGUAUUCUGAUACUUUACUGCUUCCUGGGUCAGCGUGCUGGUGUGCAGCAGUAAGGGUAUAUCUGGUGUAACCUGUAGCUCAGCUAUGCUCACUCUCUCAGUGCCUGUUGUACUUGAGAUUGCAGCCUCAGUGUGUGUCCCCAGAUGCUUUCCUCCAGUAAAAUAACUGAGUGAACUGUGUGAUCCUCAAUGUGAACAGUGAACAGUUUUACAGAACACAUGAAGGAUGCAUUAGAUUAGCCUCAUUGUACAAAUCUUACCAGAGGUGGGUUCAUGUUUGCACACAGCGCCGUCAACGCACGCUAUUGUCGAAGUAAGAUGCGAGUCCAUCUUUGAUUCCUUUGCUGCUAGUAGCUACUGGACGUUUGGGUAUCACGGUGCUGGCAACACUCCUAUUGGUUUAAAACAGGACAGAUAGUGUGAGUUGAUUGUACCAAACGUGAUGAAGGGGUCAGUUUACCCAAAUAACGACAACAACAAAACAUUUUCUCUCUUAUGUUUUAGCCCUGCUGAUAGUUUUAUAUUAAUAUUUUACAGGUCAUGGGAUAUCUGAGCAUUAGCUCAGUGAAAAAAAACAACAAAAGAAUUUUGUUUGCGGUGCUCACACAGUAAAAUUUUUCACUGCUGUUAGACUCCAACCCAUUCAGUUCUGUUGUGUUAAUGAAGAGGCUGAUGCAGGUUUUAAAACCUGGAGUAAAAUAAUUCCAGAGGUCCGAGGGAAAUUUGGAUUUUCUUCUAAUAAUUUAUUUUUAUUCCUUACUUGGGUGAACUGACCCUUUUUAAACUGUAAAUUUCUAUGCAUCUCUUUCACUCGUAUCAGUGUUGAUUAUUUGUCAGCGGAUGCAUUCUUCCCUGCAUUCUACACUUAUUCUGUUGCAACCACUCUUUUGCAUUGUCUGGUGACUGUUUGAGUGUGUGCGUUCACGCUUAAGUGACAAUCGCAUGUCAUUCAGCCGUGUCGUUUGUGCAAGAGACCAUAGGAGUAUGAAUGCACUCAGAAGAAUAACUGCAAACAGUGUUGUUUUUAUCUCUAUAAAUAAAUUGCCUUUUGUUGCCUUUCCUUUGGUUAUUUCAUGUUGUCUUUGAUGAGCCGAUUGUGAGUGUGGCUCAGUCUAUGCAUUCUCUCAUACCUGUUUUUGUAAAACAAAAAGUCAAUAAAAUGGAAAGAGUGCAAGUAA